CGGCCUGCGCUAUUUCCCCUACAAUACCUCCGUCGCUUACUGUGUUAUUGCUCCAGGUACUAUUGUUCCUUCAAGUAUCAGACUGAUCCCCAGAAUGCGGGAUCUGAUGCUCCGACGGGAGAUGAGCAGCCUAUAUCCGCCGGUCUCCCCAAAGAUAUCACCCUCGCCGCCUUGUCGCAACUGGGUGUCUUUCGAACGGGAUCGAAUCGAUGCUUCGUGUCGAUCAUUGACGGUCAAAACCAGUUCAUCAUUUCCGAAACCACUAAGUCUAUCUCUCUGCGGGAUAAGGACAAGCACCUCCCCGGCGAUGGUGUGUACAUUGGGGUCCGAGCGCUAGAUCUGGUGUGGGGGGUGUGCCCUCACACCAUCAAGCUGUUCACUUCGAUUGAUUCUUCGAAUGACAUCGAUACACCCAACGUGACGGCAAAUAAAUCCCGUUAUAUCAUCCGCGAUUUUACAAAAGAGGAUUGCUUCAAGGAUCGCCCUUACGUCCUUGACUGGCCGCACAUGCGGUUCUACGCCGAAGUGCCGCUAUUUAGCGCUGCUGGAUACGUGCUCGGCUCUUACUGUGUUGUGGAUGACAAACCCCGAGAUAAGUUCGAUGAUGAAGAGGUUGCUGUUCUGCAGGAAGUGUCGGAUGCGAUCGCAGCACAUCUGGAGAACGUUCGUCUAGUUCACAUCCAACAUCGGGCGGAAUCUCUCAUGAAAGGGUUGACUAGUUUUGUAAAAGAAAAUCCCGAGUUCGAACCCACCGAGGCCUCGAGAGAUGGCCAUCUCGUACCAUCUGCUCUCAAUAUACCAGGCUACAUGUCCACCGGCAGCGGCGGCAGUGGAAACGAGUUUUUCGGCGCACAUCCAGGCGGACAAAGCGCUUACAAUGUCUCGAUGCUAGAUGAUAUGUCUUCGGCAGUUUUGGAAACAUCAUCACCAUUAUUCUCGCAAGAGAAAGUUUCACGGCCUACCGAUCCGUCUUCCUUUUCAACUUCAUCGGAUAGGCCUAACGUCCUAAGUCCCGCGGAAGAAAAAUCUCUUGAGGAGGCAUUGAAGGUCCGUGAGGUCAGUCCGAGCGCAACCGAAGCGAGGCGCAAAACCUCUGCAAGGGUAUCAUUGAUGGAUAGUGUCUCCAUCGCCGAACGGAUUGCCAUGGUAUUCGAUCGUGCUAGUGUGUUGCUCAGAGAGUCCAUGGAUCUGGAUGGCGUGGUAUUUCUCGAUGCAAGUCAUAGUAACUCCUCAUUCAAAUCGCCGCGAGAGCCUAAAAGUUGGGAGCCGUUCCCAUACACUGCGGAUAAUGGGAUCCGAGUCGCUCCACCUCCCAGUCCUUUCGGCCUGGCACAACCCGAAAAGCCCUGUGAUAUUCUCAGCUUCGCUUUGAAACCCCCGUCAAAUAAUACACAGGCAGACUGUGAUCUCCAGGUACCCGAAAAGCUCCUACACGAGUUGACGAUAGCUUACCCCCGGGGUCAAAUCUUCAGCUUCGAGGAGAGAGUCGUCGAUGACCACCUGUCUCACGGGGGUGAUCGGUCAAUUAAACUCGGCGUUGGCUUUGAGGCAGCGCAGAAUAUCUCAGAUCGUCUCGCCCAAUGUAUGCCCGACGCUGAAUCUCACCAGCGCACAUUGGAGAUCGAAGAAGUACAUUUCUUCAAGGUUUUUGCGGAUUCCAUCAUCUCUGAAAUUUCCCGUCUUCACUGGGCGACCACCGAGAAAUCCAAAUUUGACUUCAUAUCGUCAAUAAACCAUGAGCUCCGCUCUCCGCUUCACGGCAUUCUUGCCAGCACUGAAUUGCUGCAUGCCACUAACCUUUUACCCUCACAAGAUGAUAUUGUAAGGAUGAUUGAACAGUCUGGGAUGAACCUGCUAGAUACCACCGACCACCUAUUGGAUUUCUGCAAAAUUAACAAUUCGAGUUUGAUGAGAAAGUCGCGCCCGGCGAAUGCUGGUGAAAACCCCGCUGGUCUGGCCUCCGAUUUUGCUCUUGACACCCUAGUUGAAGAGGUCGCGAAUAUCAUUUAUACUGGCCAAAGGGCGCUUGCAAGAGGCAUUGGUCUUCGUCAGACAUACUCAUCCAGCGAGGCCAAUGGUGAAUCCCCUCAGCGGGUUUCCAGUGAGAUGGAUAAGCUUUCCGUCGUUAUUCGUAUUGAAAAAGCCUAUGAUUGGAAUAUUCGCUCGGUGGCCGGUGUCUGGAGAAGAAUCGUGAUGAAUCUACUAGGCAACGCUUUGAAAUGGACAAAAAAGGGAUUCGUCGAGGUCUCACUAUCCAAGGCCCAGCAUCAUUCCUGUCCCGGUUCUCUUCUUGCCCAUCUCUCUGUCAUAGAUACUGGUAGUGGAAUUGCGCCUGACUACCUCAAAAGCCAUCUCUUUACUCCUUUCUCCCAGGAGGAUUCGCUUUCGGAGGGCGUCGGGCUUGGUCUCAGCAUUGUGCGCCAACUGGUCACUUCGCUUGGUGGCAAUAUCACCUUGAAGAGUGAGCAAGAUGUUGGAACACAGGCCGAUGUCUACCUCCCAAUUCAAUGUCUUGAGUCCACUCCAGAACAGUCUUCUGGCGAUACCCUCCUUGAGUCACAAAAUCCGACCACGCAUAUCCAUGCAUGUCUCGUUGGCUUCAAUGCCUACCCAGACCUUCAGGAAAUUCCGACUGGGAUAUUAUCCGCUGAAGCAAAGCGAAAGCUCUCGAUUCAGAGCACGCUUGCUGAUGUUUUCACGACACAACUCGGGUGGGCAAUCUCAUUGGCCGAAACUCUCCAGGAUGGGCGGGGUGAUGUCGUCGUCGUUGAAGAAGAUUGUGUUGAAUCUCUUUCGGAUCUUGAUCACAAGUGUGAUUCAAAAUUCUUUGUCAUUCUCAGUGGCAAGGUCCCCACCCUUGGCGACCACCUCCCCCUCAAUGUGAUCCGAGUUUCCCAACCAUUUGGUCCUCAAAAGAUUCACCAGGCUGCUCAAAAGAUUUUGAAGUUGCAUGCAGAGCAACGUACAGCUCUUAGCGCUGGUGCCAUACCAGGUGUUCCUCCAAUAGAGCUUUCAGCUCAUCCAGUGUCAGAAGGGGUCUCCACACUUGUCCCUAUCGAUGGCAAAAUUAAUCCUCUGGGAGACAAUUCUGGUUCCGCAGUUCAAACUACCCUAUCCUUCCAACCAGCAGUUGAUCACAACGGAAUACAUGUCCUCAUUGUGGAUGACAACGAGAUUAACCUCAAGAUCAUGGCAACGUUCAUGCAAAAGUCCGGUUGCAGCUAUGAGACAGCCUCCAAUGGACUCAUUGCUCUGGAGAAAUACUCAACUUCAAGCCGGAGGUUCAAUUUCAUUCUCAUGGACCUAUCAAUGCCUGUCAUGGACGGUAUCGUCUCAACAAACAAGAUACGCCAAUAUGAAAACGAGGCGUGCCUCGAGAGAUGUCGCAUCAUGGCGGUGACUGGAGUUGCGUCAGCUCCUAUGAAACAGCAAGCAUUUGCUGCCGGAAUCAACGACUACCUAAUCAAACCUCUCUCUCUUCGCCAGUUGAAGACGCUUAUGAAUAUUGCAUGA